AUGUCCGCACCCGCACCCCCGCCGCUCUCCCACGCCCACCACACCGCGCCCCCACACAUCCGCGCCAUCCACAAAACCUACCAGAAGCUAUCCCUCCCCGCGCUCUCCCACGACCCGCACAUCCUCGACCUCGCCGCAUCCGCAGACACGCCCGCGCGCGAGUGGCACGCGCGGCAUGUAAAGAUCGUGGGACACGUGCCGGCCGAGCGCGCCAUAAGGGCGUUCAAGGCGUUCCGGGCGGCGGCCGGGGAGGAGGCAGCGGGGUCGGAGGAAGAGGAAGGGGAAGGGGAAGGGGUGGUGGGGGAUGCGGCGAUCUAUGAGCACGAUUUCGUCCCCGGACUGCAGAUCAUCCCCUCGCUCCUCCCGCCCGCCACGCAGCGCGCGCUGCUGUCCGCGCUGCUGCACAGACACCUCUCUAACCCCGCGCACGCCACGAACCUGCACCCGCACUACACCCUGCCUUACCCUCCGCCCGCUUCCUCUUCCUCUUCCUCUUCCCCCACCACCACCACCACCACCUCAUCCUCCCCCGACGACGACGACACCGCCGCCGCCGCCGCCGCAAGCUUCUUCACCCUCCCCCCCGCCACGCCCCUCCCCCCCCGCGACCCCGCCACCCACAACCCCCUCACCGCGCAGCGCAUGCUGGCCAAAAAACUGCGCUGGCUCACGCUCGGCGCGCAGUACGACUGGACGCUGAAGCAGUACCCUGCCGGCUCCGAGCUGGCGUUUCCGCGCGAUGUGGCGGGGUUGAUCACUGAUCUCCUGCCAGAAACAACCGCCCCGCAAGCCGCAAUCACAAACCUCUACUCGCCCGGCGACAUGCUCGCGCCGCACCGCGACGUGUCGGAGGCGUCGCGCGCACCGCUGGUCAGCGUGUCGGUGGGGUGUGAUGCGGUGUUUGUCGUUGGGCUUGACGCCGCCUCCCCCGCUUCCCCCACCUCCUGUCACCCCGGCGCCGAAGCCACGCCACAAGUGCUAGUGCUCCGCGUCCGCUCCGGCGACGUCGUACUCAUGGGCGGCGCGAGCAGGUGGGCGUGGCAUUCCGUGCCGCGCGUGGUGGCGGGGAGCUGUCCGGGCGGUAUCGCGGAGUGGCCAGGCAUGGAGGGGUGGGAGGGGUGGAUGGGCGGUAAGAGGGUCAAUUUGAAUGUGCGGCAGAUGUGGGACUAG